GCUCGAGGCUCGACGCUGGCGCCCCUGCCCGCCCGCCCUCCCGCAGGCGGCCCUCGCCGAUCGCCCGCGCAGCUGGCCAUGGCGGCCUUGGCUGGCCCGCUCCUCGGCGGCGGCCCCCCGGAGCGCUUCUUUUCGCCGGGGGCUGCGCCGCCCGUGGAGAGACAUCCGCGGAAGGCGUUCGUGCAUCUCCGCUAGGCUUGAGUUGGCCACUCGAGCACCUCGACAGUGCUUUACCUACACGGGAGGCGGCUGCGACGUCAUGGGCUGCAACGCAGAGCGGCAGGCCCAGUGCGUAGGCGGCUACUGCAUCUGCCGAUCGGGUGGCUGCGUCGGAGCCGAGGGCAACUGCCACAAGGAGACUGCGUCGUACGAGCUGGUUGCCUCGAACAUCAGGCUCCGCAACGUCAAGUACGAUGAGUACCUUUACGUGCCCAAGUCGUUUUUCACGCGUCAGUUACGCGUCGGUCCUCACCCGGGGAAGCUUCCGGACCGCUGGAACGUGUACCGAGUCCCUGGUGUCGCCUUCGGGCAGGCGUACCACGUUCUCUCCCCGGUAGACUACCCCGGUUACGUGGCCUCGUACGCCGCUGGCAUCACGGGUGACCAGGUGAUCGUGUGGGACAUUCGAGGGUCUGGCACGAGGGCUGAAGUGGUACGUCGGCCGCAUGUCGUCGAUGGUCUGGAGCGACAGGUGGGGGUCGCUGACCGGGGCCGCGGUUGGCGAAGGCGGGCAGUGGAUGCCGGAGCCGCCCGUCAACCUGUCUCUGCCGAGCUGCGGCUGAGCCCGCGGCUCGCGCCCGUGUCUCGCCGCGCGGCGCGCCCGCCUCACAGACACCACCGGCAGGCGCGCCUCAAAACCGAAGGGGGAGAGGGUGCGCCGGUCUCGUGGAUGGUCAGGGCAGUCGCGCGCCAGGACAGCCUUGAGCUUCCACGUGGGCAGGGUGGCAGCGAGCGCGAUGCCCCGCUGGCCAGCAAGGUGGGCGCGCUGGCCGUUCUGCAGGAAUGCCAUGGUG